AUGUGGCGUCAAAAGUCUCGCCAAAUUUGGUGUCGCCUGGGCGAUCGCAACACGCGUUUCUUCCAUCUAGUUGCUAACUUCAGGAGGGCUAAAAACCAUCUCUUGAAAGUGGUUCAUAAUGGUUCUGUUGUUGAAGGUUUACCGGUCAUAAAAGAUGCGGCAGUUAACUUCUUCUCCAACUUAUUCAGAAGUCCUGAUAGAUUCCGAAUUGGUUUAGGGCCUGUUGGUUUUAAAACACUCUCGUCUUCUUCUUCAGCUAGCUUGGAGCGAGAUAUCACUUUGGAAGAAUUAAAGCAGAGUGUUUGGGAUUGUGAUGGGAGCAAGAGUCCGGGUCCAGAUGGUUUCAAUUUCAAAUUCUACAGUCUUGCUUGGAAUUUCAUUGCAGAUGAUCUGUUAGACCUGGCCAAGAAUUUCUUCAAAACAGGUAGGCUUCCAAAAGGAGUCAAUCAUGCUUAUGUUCAUCUAAUUCCAAAGAUAGCUUCCCUAGUUGGCUUCAAAGACUUCAGGCCUCUUAGUUUGAUUCAUGGCAUUUACAAGAUAAUGGCUAAGGUUCUUUCUAGCCGUCUGAAAGCGGUUAUGCAUGACCUUAUCAGUGAGAAUCAAACAGCUUUCUUGGCAGGGAGGAAAAUAAUUGAUGGGUUUUUGGUUGCCAAUGAAGCAGUUCAUUCCUUGAAAAGACACAGAGUGCCGAGCCUUAUCUUUAAGGUGGAUUUUCACAAAGCUUUCGAUAGUGUGCAGUGGGAUUAUUUAGAGCAGGUUAUGAGGCAUAUGGGUUUUGGUGAAAAAUGGAUUAAUUGGAUCAACACUUGCAUCUCCACCGCAAAAUUAUCAGUGCUGAUUAAUGGAUCUCCUUCUAAGGAAUUCUUGAUGGGCCGUGGGAUUCGCCAAGGUGACCCCCUUUCUCCAUUCCUUUUUCUAAUAGCAGCAGAGGGAUUAUCUGUUUUGUUUCAAAGAGCAGCUUCAAAUGAUCUUUUCAAAUGUAUCCCUUUUGGAGAUAGCUUUUGCCUCAGUCACCUACAAUAUGCAGACGACACUUUAAUCUUCGUGCCUGCUAAUCUUCAUAUGGUCAAAACAGUUAAAAGGAUCCUGUUGUGGUUCGCUAUUUGUUCAGGCAUGCCUUUAGGAUCCAAUCCUAAAAGAUUGUCUACAUGGAAGCCUAUUAUUGAGAAUUUCAGACGAAAGUUGAGCAUGUGGAGAGGUCGUAUGCUUAGUAUGGCAGGACGUAUCUGCCUAAUCAAAAGUGUCUUGAGUUCAUUGCCAGUAACAACCCAUUUUUACUCCCCAACUUUCAAGAAUGGAAUCCCAAAAUUGCAUGGUCAUAUUUCCCCAUUUUGGAAAGACGUUUUGUCAAUCUUGGAUCCAAACAGUGUCAUCGGCUUAGUAUUGCGUGAAAACAUUAAAUUCAAGAUUGGAGAUGGAUCCUCCAUCCUUUUCUGGUCUAACGUGUGGAUAGGAUCAAAUGCUUUACGUAGCAUUUUCCCUAAGCUUUACCAAAUUUCUACUUUUCGGAAUGGUUUGGUUAAUGAGAUGGGUCAAUGGGUGAAUGAUCAAUGGCGAUGGAAUUUGGUUUGGCGUAGGAAGCUCUUAUCUUAUGAAGAGCAACAAUACCAUCAUUUGCUCUCAAUGCUGGAGCCAACGAUAAUUCGACAAGGAAAAAAUGACAAACUUAUAUGGUUAUGCAAUUCUGAUGGAAGCUUCUCAGUUAAAUCGUGUUGCACCCUAAUUAACAAUACUUCCUCUGCGACUGAUAGAGUCUUUGAAGCCAAUGUUUGGAUUAAAGGGGCCCCUCCAAAAGUUCAGGUGUUUCUCUGGUUGGCAGUACAGGACAAAUUUCCAGAAGUUUAUUAUCUGGUGAACAAGAAGGUGGGUGCAACAAUGGCUCUAGGAUCAAAUAAGCUUGAAGCUGCAGGCAAGAAAAAUCGUAGGAACCAGAGGUUGCUUCCUCCCGUUAGAGGACAAAUAAAGCGCCGAAUACUUGCUUGCUUCAUGAGGAACAUCAAGCUUGGGAGCCAAAAUUCCCUGAAGUUUCUUUUGGGCAAGUGUGGUCAUCCAUCCGAGCUAAGCUAG